AUGUUCGAGACGGACAAGGAUGCGCAGGAGAUACUCCUCACCUACUUCCACCUCCUCAAGUUUCUCCGCAUAAAGAACAUCUGCUUCGACGGGAUGGACCUCUGGUGGUCCGUCCCUCCACCACCUUUCGUUCGCCUGAUCUGGGCGGUUCUCGUUCAGAAACAGUCGGUCCUCGAUUCCACACACACACCCCACACCGCCGUCCCGCCACCAAACAACUCCCCGGCUGCUCUGGAAUAUCCACAGCACUUCAUAUGCUAUGCCUAUACCGUCUACUUCUCGAGGAGCACAUCCUGUCCGACUUCCGAAGCGGACGGGUUGAAGCCUUUGGCGACUUCUCGCCAGAUGGCAUACUGCGCGCUCGUUGAGAAGCAGCAGACCGCCGCCUCAACUGCACUCUCCUCCGCUCCUGGGCCCUCGCCGAUGACUUUCCUCACCACCCCCACUGGCCCCGACUUCCAGAUCAACACGCCCGUCGUCAUCAAACGGCGGCGGGAGCUCCGACCGUGCGGAGCUGCGCGCGCCGGGACAGCUUCGACUGACAUCGUCUGGUUCGUCCCUCUCGACCGGAUUGAGUUCGUCAUGAAGGCCACCAUUUUCAAGAGUUUUUGCAACCGCCACAACGCCGCAAUGGCGCAGGCUUCCAUCUCCCCGCCCACUCGGGUGCCCCCAUGGCCCGCACCCAGUCCCGCGCGGCCUCCGUCACGAGUCCCUUUACUACAACCGUGUGUCGUUCAUCGCGUCGUUCGCAGGGCCGGCUUCGGCACAAACGUCUCGAUGAAGCCGGAGUUGCUUCUCGCGGUCGAUGCAUGCUAG